ACGCCCCGCCCCCCCCCCAUUCCCCAUUCUUCUAUCCUCUUCUCGCAUCUCUUCUCCUCUCUCUCCUCCCUUCUCUUCUCAACUACUUCUAUGUCUCCUCUUGGUUCAGAGACGGUAGCCAACAGGAUGCAGCAAAAGCUGCUGACACCCACCAAUAGCGACCGCCUCAGGUCUGCCAUCGGAACCGCGCCGUUCCUAUCCCCAGAUCGACGGUUCUCCUGUCCUCCGUACUUCGCCAACGAUGGAGAUUCCUUCUGGCCCUAUGCGUCGGUUAUCUCAACAACGGAAGAGACAACGACUCGCGUGACCCAGCCCACCGGCUCCGGGUCCGUGUCGCUCAACCCCUCUACCGUCUCCUUCGACGAGGAAGACCCCACCGGCACUGAGAACCGCCUCUACCUCGCCCGCCUUACCCUCCAGUACCGCGAGAUCGCCGAGCACUACGAUCUGUGCCUCUCCCACCUCCAGGAAGCGGCGCAGGAGGCGGAGGCCCUCCGGCUGGAAAAUGCCAAGCUCCGGAUCGCCAACAGCGAGCUCGCAAAGCGCCUGAACCUCCUCUCCGGGAAGCAGAACUGGCAGAUCGCGUCCCCCGCCGCCGGCGGCCAUCCCAUUCUGUCGAUCGUGGACGAGUUCGGCCGCCUCAGCGUCGGGGAACCGCCGGCGGAGACCAGCCCGACGAGCGUGCUGGCGUUCCGGGAGAACCAGUUCGCUAGGCGGGCCACGGAGAAGCGGGGCCUGCCGCUCAAAAGCAUCUCCGUCCGGUCCAAUGGGUACCUCAAGCUAAACCAGGGUGUCUCGGCCGCCAACCGCAACGACCGGCUUCGCGUCUCCAGCCCGGUCAUGGUCGAUUCGCAAAAGGUGUGCGUGGGUGGGGCGAGCAAGAAGAAGGGGGAAAGACGAGGCCGAGAGGAGGAUGAAGAGCGUGGAGAGGCACUGGAUCUGGAGGUGUACAACCAGGGAAUGUUCAAGACGGAGCUGUGCAACAAGUGGGAGGAGAGCGGGGAGUGCCCCUAUGGCGAGAACUGCCAGUUCGCCCACGGCAUCACCGAGCUCCGCCCUGUUAUCCGCCACCCCCGCUAUAAGACCCAGAUCUGCCGCAUGAUCCUCGCCGGCGACACCUGCCCCUACGGACACCGCUGCCACUUUCGCCACACUUCCCCUUCCGACUGCUUCCUCCUCCGCCCUUCCUAAUAAUUCUUAUCGACCAUCAUUAUCAUCAUAAAAUAAUAUCAAAAAAAACCAGCAAACAGAUGCCCAAAAAUCUCCUCCCCCCUCUAAUUUGGAAUAAAGAACCGGAAAAAAUAACAACAAUUAAAUCAAUGGUGCGGCCAUGUGAAUAUAUAUAUAUAUAUAUAUGUAUAUAUAUAUACGGGAGGCCAUUAAUCCAUAUAUAGCAAAGGAUUUCCACGCGGAACUUCAUCCAUAUUUGGUGGCUUUGUUGGUAAUUUGCUCCGUAUAUAUCCCUUCUAAUGAUGAUGAUAACUAUAUAUGUUAGUAGCAGUAAUUAAUGGUGAAGGAUGAUAAAUAUCAUAAUUGUAAGUGUUGAAAAAAAAAAGAUAGGUUUAGGCGGGUAGCUCGUCCAUCAGGAAUUUUAUUUUCUCAGUUUUAUGUGUUCUAUUAUUCUCAUCAUACUCUCAUAUCUGUUUCUUUCUUUUAGCUGUCAUAUGUUGAUUCUGCAGCGGGUGAAAAUUCUCCUGCUGAAUCUGUAGGUGGUGGGGAGAGAGGGAGAGUGAGAUGGCAGGUUGUGCUUCUCGCUUUCCUUUGCUUUGCAGUUCCUAGAUUUUUCUGUUACUCCAAACGUCUUCGCCAACCUCUUGUAAUUGAGAGACAUGGUUACCUUACAAAAAAAAAUAUUGCAUCAAAAA